CAUGAGAAGCAGCAGCUGGUUCAGGAGGGAGACGUCACAGUCUGCCUGUCAGCGGAAAUGAAUAGUGCAGUGACCAUGGAGGCCACCAGGAGACGUGCUCAGCACGCUACCAACGGUAAAACAUCUGAACAGGAGGAGCAGCCAGCACAGUGGGGAAGAGCAUGGGAGGUGGACUGGUUUUCCUUGUGCGGCGUCAUUGGCCUCCUGUGCUUUGCCCCUUUCAUUGUCUUCUAUUUUGUGAUGGCCUGUGAUCAGUACCAGUGCUCCAUCACCCAGCCUCUGGUUGAGUUGUACCAAGGAGAGACCACGCUGCUCUCCAUCUGGGCCCGGGCACCCUCCUUCACCUGGGCAGCUGCUAAGAUAUACGCCAUCUGGGUGGCCUUCCAGGUCUUCCUGUAUAUGUGUGUUCCUGAUGUGACUCAUAAGUUUAUUCCUGGAUAUGUUGGCGGAGUGCAGGACGGAGCACGAACUCCUGCUGGUCUGAUUAACAAGUAUGAGAUCAAUGGGCUGCAGUGUUGGCUGAUCACCCAUGCUCUGUGGUAUGCCAAUGCUCAGUAUUUCCACUGGUUUUCUCCCACCAUCAUCUUUGACAACUGGAUCCCCCUGAUGUGGUGCACCAACAUUUUGGGCUAUGCUGUGUCCACUUUUGCUUUCACAAAGGCCUACUUAUUCCCCACAAACUCUGAAGACUGCAAGUUCACAGGGAACAUCUUCUACAACUACAUGAUGGGCAUCGAGUUCAACCCACGCAUUGGCAAGUGGUUUGACUUCAAGCUUUUCUUCAACGGUCGGCCCGGCAUCGUAGCCUGGACUCUGAUCAAUCUGUCCUACAUGGCCAAGCAGCAGGAACUAUACGGCCACGUCACCAACUCCAUGAUCCUGGUCAACGUGCUGCAGGCCAUUUAUGUGUUGGAUUUCUUCUGGAAUGAGGCGUGGUACCUGAAGACCAUUGAUAUCUGCCAUGACCACUUUGGAUGGUAUUUAGGCUGGGGAGACUGUGUUUGGCUGCCAUACCUCUACACACUGCAGGGUCUGUACCUGGUGUACCACCCGGUCCAGCUCUCCAAUGCCCAUGCCCUGGCGGUCCUGCUGCUCGGCCUGGUUGGGUAUUACAUCUUCCGCUCCACUAACCACCAGAAGGACUUUUUCCGGCGCACCAAUGGAUCCUGCUCCAUAUGGGGCAAAAAGCCAACGUACCUUGAGUGUUCGUACAGCUCUGCUGACGGUGGCACGCACCGCAGUAAGCUCCUGACUUCAGGUUUCUGGGGCGUGGCCCGCCAUUUCAACUACACUGGAGACUUGAUGGGUUCAUUGGCCUACUGUGCCGCCUGUGGCUUCGGCCACAUCCUCCCAUACUUCUACAUCGUUUAUAUGACCAUUCUGCUGGUCCACCGAUGUGUUCGUGAUGAGCACCGCUGCAGCAGCAAGUACGGCAAAGACUGGAAACGCUACACAGACGCCGUGCCUUACCGACUCAUUCCUGGGGUGUUUUAGAGAGGGGGGAGGAGUGGGUGGAGGGAGGAAGAGAGGUAAGGUAGAUUCAGAUAAAAACAACUGGGUCUACCUGCAUAUGCACAGUUGUUUUUCUCUGCCUAAGUAAGGGCAGUUUGAUACACUGCUUUUGUUAUGCUGUGACCUUUUAACAUAUUAACAUUUUAAUAACUACUAAAUACUUCCAGCAAAUUCAUUUUGUCUACCUCUGAAUAUUAUCCUUAGUUUCUUUUGUUCAGACAAGGUCCUCAUGGGGCGUGGUCAACCUGACAGACCUGACCACGCUCCAUGAGGAACUCCAAAAAAGAUCCGUCACAGUAGGGGUGUGCCAUAUCGUAUCGUUCACGAUAAUAUCGGUAUUUUUUUUUUUACGGUUAAAAAAGAUGCAUAUCAUGAUAUUGGCAACGUUCCUACUUCUUGAUGUAGUGGCGUAAGGCUAACAAUUAAAGUUGUUUUAAUCACAAAAAGCUACUUACUCCCUGUCGCUAAACACAUGCAGCUUUCAAAAUAAGAGCAUGGUGUGUUAUCAGAAUCCACCACAGAACUUACAAGAAGAUGUCUGUCAAAAUAAAAUGCCUGAAAUAAAACAUACAAGAACCUUUAUUCUCCUUUACAAAAUUCAUUAAAAUAUGCCCCCAGAACCCCUAAAUGGUUAUUUUUUAUUUGAGUAAUUUUUUUUUAUUUGGCAACUGUUGAGAUUUGCACUUCAAACUACAUGUUAGAUUUUUAAUUAUUUAUACAGACUAAAAAAAAAAGUAUUUUUAAGUAUUUCCUAAUAUCGUCAAGAAUAUCGUCAUGGCAAAAAUAGCCUGAAAUAUCGUGAUAUUCUUUUAGGGCCAUAUCGCCCAGCCCUACGUCACAGCGAUCAGCUGACGCCUCUGAAGAAGACUGAAGUUGUCAGUCGAAACAUGUCAGGUAAAAAAACAUCUCCUACUUUCCCUUGUCUGAACAAAAGAAACUAAGGAUAACUACUAAAUAUUUUGGAGCUACUAAGAACAUGGACAAUUUAUAAAUUUAAGCCCAAAUCAGGAACAGACACACUCAGUUCUGUAGUGGUGUGUUGUCUACGACUAUUCUACACAAUACUGUGACAUCCUAAAAUGCAGUUUGCCAGUUUGACAUUCAUUUACCAGGACAAUAAAUGGCUGGUUCCAGUUUCUCAAAGAUAAGAAUUUUAUGUUUUUCCAUUUUUAAAUAGUUUUACAUUUAACUCCUGUUUUUUUUUUUGGCACCCAGGUAUCCUAUGAUAGGGGGCUUUUCAUCUUUCUUGCCAUUUUUAGACUAAAUGAGCAAUUAUGAAUGAAAAACGGGUGUAUAUACAUUCAUCAAUACUGACAAUAAUAUUUUGCUGCCACCCACUGGCUUAAUGGACCAAAUGUGAUUGUUGAUCCACCUCAUAAAAACUUCUGUACUCUUUGUGCAAAGGUUGAGAAAUGACAUUUAUACCUAACUGCAGGGGGAUUUUGUUACGACAUAUUUAGGUUCAGUUAGGUAAUAUUUUUGUCUUGUUCCCCUUAUUGUAGUUGAGAGCAGCACGUUCAAAUAGAUUGGCUUGGUAUAGACAGGGUGAGAAACUCAUUACACGAGAAGAAGAACUUCACUUAAACCAAACCAAGACUUGUUCACCAAGCCUGCAAAGCCUUCUGAAACGUAAUUAUGACAAGUUAUUAAAGAUCUUAGUAUUUGAUUUGUGUUAAACCAACAUAUUGAGUAGAUCAAAGUCUCCCCAUGUUUAAGCUCUAUGCUAAUAGAAAUAUUUUCUUGUUUGUCACUUUUGUUUGGUGUCUGUGUUUGAUUCCCACAUGCCAGCACUGCCUUUCCUACAGCGAUAAAGGAAUAAAAAGAACUUUCAUUUUU